AACCAGAAGGUUGCGAUGGCAGACACGAAAUGGGUUAUUCAAGUUAAUAAAGAGCUCAGUAAGAUGGAAGAUCUUACAACGGAGAAGGAACACUGGAGCAAGGGGUCAAUCUACAAAUUACCAGUUUCCAUCACAGACAUAAACAAGAAGGCCUACCAGCCCCAGGUAGCCACCUUCGGUCCUUACCAUUUCGAUCAUUUAAAUACAACGGAGGUGCACAAGCACCGUGCGCUUCUUCAUUUCCUGAAGAGAUGUGGGAAACCUCUUGAAUUGUUUGUCAAUGCACUGACUGAAGUGGUGCAAGAUUUGAAGGACUCGUAUGAUCAGCUUGAUCCUGGGUGGAAAGAUGAUACAGCAAGAUUCUUGCAACUAAUGAUUCUGGAUGGCUGUUUCAUGCUGGAGGUCGUGCGUAUUGCUUCAAAUAUAUUGGAUGAUUAUGCUCUUAAUGAUCCCGUCUUCAGCAAUCAUGGGAAGCUCCAUAUCAUACCAUAUAUCAAACGCGACAUGUUAAUGAUUGAGAACCAGUUGCCGAUGCUGGUUCUCAGCAAGCUGGUGGAAGUGGAGAGCAAUAAGGAUGAAUUGUCUGUGACCAGGCUCUUGCUCAAGUUCUACUCCUCUGGCACAUCAGCCUCCAACAUGGGAAAAUGUUUGCACGUAUUGGAUGUGUAUAGGAAAAGCCUGCUUCAGUCAGAGCCCCAGUGCAAAACAGGUCACUGCCCACCAGAGCCCCUGAAUCGUCACGAUGUGAUUAUCUGGUCUGCAACAGAGCUUAAUGAAGCCGGAAUCAGAUUCAAGAAAAGCAAAACUGGUAGCCUGAAAGACAUCUCAUUCUCUGGGGGAAUCCUCAGGCUCCCAGUCAUUCUUGUGGAUGAUACCACCGAGUCGAUGUUCUUGAAUCUGAUAGCAUUUGAGCGCUUCCAUGUUGGGGCAGGCAAUGAGGUGACAUCCUAUACUUUCUUCAUGGACAACAUCAUAGACAAUGCUAGAGAUGUUGCCCUCUUACACUCCAAAGGUAUCGUCCAAAAUGCUCUAGGAAGUGACAAAGCGGUUGCUAAUCUGUUCAACUCCCUCUCCAAGGACAUAACACUGGACCCAGAAAGCAGCCUCGAUGCGGUACAUAAGAAGGUCUAUCAUUACUGCCGGAAGCCGUGGAACGAGUGGCGUGCCAAUCUUAUUCAUACUUACUUCAGAAAUCCCUGGGCUUUUAUAUCUCUAAUUGCCGGCGUCUUCCUUUUUGUGCUCACCAUAGCUCAGACUGGAUAUUCCAUAAUUCCCUACUACUAUCCAAAUGAUUCUCCUCCCACCUGUACAUGUUUACCUGUGGCUCCUCCCCAUGCGGCUUCUUCAAACCAUGCAUACUCCACCUCACCAUCAAAAUUUAUACUUUCUGUUCUUAUUUCCGUUGGAUGGAUGCUUACAAAAUGAGGAUUUCAUAAUUUUCUUUCCAGCGAUCAUCUGUUGGGUUUGGAGGUUGUUUUCAUCCACAGUUUCUUUUCCUUACUGAUCUUGCCUAUUGGUUAAUUGAAUUCUUUGUUUGAUGUCCAGCAAUCUUGACCUUCUGAUAGAUCAAAUUGCUCUU